UUGACGCACAUGUUCGCUUGUGUGUAAACAAACUUGUGUCGCGUUGCGAAAGGUAGAACAUAACAGUGAAUGUUUUGUUGAUAGUGUACAUAUUUCAGUCGUGUGUCGUGCUGGUGAAAAUCCUAUAACUAUUGUUCGCGGAUAAAGAUGAUGCAGUGAUUCAGUGCGAUUACAGAUUUUUAACCUGGAAAAACUUCUCCUUUUUGUUAUUUGUUACUUAAUGCAAAUAUGGUACUUGUGUUCAAUGGAGUUGUACAAAAUGCACCUCCGCCUAACUUACAUGCAUUUCUGCAGACUAAUCCUGAGAUAAGAGAACAGUCAGAGAAAUUUUUAGAGAUUCCAACAAAAACUGUAGGACCACAUGGACUACUCUAUGUUCACCAAGGAGAGCUUGCUGUCACUGAGCCUAAUGACACAAAUGUAGAGGUCUUAGGAUCUGAUGAUGCAACAACAUGUAUUAUUGCUGUACUUAGACAUCCAGUUUGUGGGGCAGUAGCUCUGUCCCAUAUAGAUGGUGGAGGAGUUGCAGACUGUGUGGCCAGAAUGAUUGAGAGUGUUAAGCAGAUUGCUGGUGGAAGCUCUGAUGGAAAGAUGGAAUUACAAGUGUUUGGAGCUUUUGGAUAUGCACAGAACUUUUCAGAGACAGUAUUUGCUUCUGUAAUGAUAACCUUCCAUAAACAUCCCGAAAAGGUUAAUGUCACACUUGCAUGUGUUGGAGAUAUCAACACAACUGUGAAAGAUGGCAAACACUGGCCAUCAUUGUAUGGAGUAGGAAUUAAUGUCAAGACUGGUGAAUUGUUUCCUGCUGUGUACAAAGACAGAGGACCAGAUGAAGGUCUACGGCAUGCACGGCAGCUGUGUAGUAAACUAAGAAUGAUGGAAGUAUACAAUAAUGAGACAAGAAUGUUGAAGAUAGGCCCAUUUGAUUAUUCACCUUUGGAUGACGCAGAGAUGUGGCUGAAUCUACCUGAUGAAGUUAUUCUGCGUUACAUGAGCACAUCCCCUGAAGUUGAACCACCCCAUUUUGUGUCACAGAUUCGGAAGGCACUGAAAUGUAUGUUAGAUCACCCCUCUCCAAUUAACACAAUAUUCAAGUUCAACAAACCUCGGUGUUAUGUACGAGAUGAGACCAAUAAUGGAUGGGUACUUGUUAAAAAAUAAUGUGUAUAAUUUUUGUUAUU